AUGGGGAAGACAGGAAAAUGGCUUAGAAGCUUCUUGACAGGUAAGAAAGACAAGGAAAAGGAGAAGGAAAAAUCGGCAACUAACUUGAGUUCUUCAAAUGGAACAGAAAAUCCAACCACUCCAAUUUCCACAACCCCAAAGGAGAAAAAGAGGUGGAGUUUUAGAAGAUCAUCAGCCUCAGCCACACCACCAACAACUUCCAAGGAAUUGAACUUUGCAGAAUCAAAUGUUACGGCUUCUUCACAACAGAUAGUGCAAACUGCCACUGAUAUUGAGAAUGAGCAAAGGAAGCAUGAAAUGGCUGUGGCUGCUGCCACAGCAGCAGCAGCUGAUGCUGCAGUGGCAGCUGCACAGGCUGCAGCUGUUGUAAUUCGCUUAACUUCUGCUUCCAAUGAAACAUCUAAGAGUAUCGAAGAGGUUGCUGCCAUUAAAAUUCAAUCUGUCUUUCGGUCUCACUUGGCAAGAAAAGCAUUGUGUGCUCUUAGAGGAUUAGUGAAGUUGCAGGCACUAGUAAGGGGUCAUUUGGUGAGAAAACAGGCCAAGGCAACUCUGAGAUGCAUGCAGGCUUUGGUGACAGCACAAGCCAGAGCUCGUGCUCAGAGGAUUCGAGAGUCAGAAGGAAAGCCUCAUCAAAAACAUUCAACGCAGAGAAAUGCUACAGAAGAUUACAUGUUCAGGCAUUUAUAUAAUGAAAUGGACAGAGGCUUGGAAGACAACGUCAAGAUUGUUGAGAUGGAUGUUUGUUUAUCAAAAUGGAACUCAAGAAGCAGAAGCAGCAGUGUACAUCAUCAUGGACAUCACGAACAAUUUGACCAUAGAUUUUCAACACAUUAUUCAACAAAUGGUUCAUACUCAAAGGAAGAAAACUACAAGGUAUCGCCAGCUCCAUCAGCUUUGACAGAGCUGAGUCCAAGAGCCUGCAGUGGCCAUUUUGAGGACUGCUUCAGCACAGCACAAAGCAGCCCCCAGUACUACUCAGCUGUGUCAAGAGCAGAUGAUUCAAAACAUCCUUUUGCAUUCCCUGGGCCAGCUUAUGCAGAAUCCAUGUCCUAUGACUACCCUUUGUUCCCAAAUUACAUGGCUAACACUGAAUCUUCAAGGGCUAAAGUCAGAUCACACAGUGCACCAAAACAAAGACCAGCAGAUUCAUUUGAAAGACAACCAAGCCGGCGAAGAGUGUCAGUGGAAGGAAGAAAUGUGCCAAGGCCAAUGAGGAUGCAGAGGUCAUCUUCACAUGUGGGUGCCACUGCCCAUAACUACCAAUACCCUUGGUCUAUCAAGCUUGACAGAUCCACUGUUUCACUCAAAGACAGCGAGUGUGGCUCUACAAGCACAGUGCUCACAAACACUAACUACUGCAGAUCUCUCGUUGCAUAUGAUCCACGUGGAGAUAGGUAUUGA